GCAUGCGCCGAGGCUUCUGGGUAGGUCGCUCAACCCCUCCUCUCAGUUAAAGGCUCUGCUGCAGCUGUGGCGCCGCUCCUUCCAGGAUGGCAGCCUUCGCUGUAAACAAGCCCGGAGCCGGAGUAGACAGUGGGCGACAGGGCAGCCGGGGGACGGCUGUGGUGAAGGUUCUGGAAUGUGGGGUUUGUGAAGAUGUCUUCUCUUUGCAAGGAGAUAAAGUUCCUCGCCUCCUCCUUUGUGGCCACACAGUCUGUCAUGACUGUCUCACUCGCUUGCCUCUGCAUGGAAGAGCAAUACGUUGUCCAUUUGAUCGACAAGUAACAGACCUAGGAGAUUCAGGUGUCUGGGGUUUGAAAAAAAACUUUGCUUUACUGGAGCUUUUAGAGCGAUUGCAAAAUGGACAUAUUGGUCAGUAUGGAGCUGCAGAGGAAGCCAUUGGGAUAUCUGGAGAGAGCAUUGUUCGCUGUGAUGAAGACGAAGCUCAUGUUGCAUCUGUGUACUGCACUGUGUGCGCGACUCACUUGUGCUCAGAAUGUUCUCAAGUUACUCACUCGACAAAGACACUAGCGAAGCAUAGACGAGUGCCUCUGGCUGACAAGCCUCAUGAGAAAACCAUGUGCUGCCAGCACCAGGUGCACGCCAUUGAGUUUGUUUGCUUGGAAGAAGGUUGUCAAACUAGCCCACUCAUGUGCUGUGUCUGCAAAGAAUAUGGAAAACACCAAGGCCACAAGCAUGCAGUACUGGAACCAGAAGCUAACCAGAUACGAGCAUCAAUUUUAGACAUGGCUCACUGCAUACGGACGUUCACUGAGGAAAUCUCAGAUUAUUCCAGAAAAUUAGUAGGAAUUGUUCAGCACAUUGAAGGAGGAGAACAAAUAGUGGAAGAUGGAAUUGGAAUGGCUCACACAGAACAUGUCCCAGGUACUGCAGAGAAUGCUCGAUCAUGUGUCAGAGCUUAUUUUUCUGAUUUACAUGAAACUCUGUGUCGUCAGGAGGAAAUGGCUCUAAGUGUUGUUGAUGCUCAUGUUCGAGAAAAACUGAUUUGGCUCAGGCAGCAACAAGAGGAUAUGACUAUUCUCUUGUCCCAGGUUUCAACAGCUUGUCUUCAUUGUGAAAAGACUUUGCAGCAGGAUGAUUGCAGAGUUGUCUUGGCAAAACAAGAAAUUACAAGACUGUUAGAAACACUGCAAAAACAACAGCAGCAGUUCACAGAAGUUGCAGAUCAUAUUCAGUUGGAUGCCAGUAUCCCAGUCACUUUUACAAAGGACAACAGAGUUCAUAUUGGACCCAAAAUGGAAAUCCGAGUUGUUACUUUAGGAUUGGAUGGUGCUGGGAAAACUACUAUUUUAUUCAAGUUAAAACAAGAUGAGUUCAUGCAGCCUAUUCCAACAAUUGGUUUUAAUGUGGAAACCGUGGAAUACAAAAAUCUAAAAUUCACCAUUUGGGAUGUGGGUGGAAAACACAAAUUAAGACCAUUGUGGAAACAUUAUUACCUUAACACACAAGCUGUUGUAUUUGUUGUUGAUAGCAGUCAUAGAGACAGAAUCAGUGAAGCACACAGUGAACUUGCAAAGUUGCUAACGGAAAAAGAACUCCGAGAUGCCUUGCUCCUGAUAUUUGCUAACAAACAGGAUGUUGCUGGAGCACUUUCAGUAGAAGAGAUCACUGAACUUCUCAGUCUCCAUAAACUAUGCUGUGGUAGGAGCUGGUACAUUCAGGGCUGUGACGCUCGAAGUGGUAUGGGGCUCUAUGAAGGGUUGGACUGGCUGUCGCGGCAACUUGUAGCUGCUGGGGUGUUGGAUGUUGCUUGAUUCUAAUGCAGCAGUUGUUUCAAGCUUAUGGUUAAAAGUUACUUUGCAUGUAAUGGAUUCUAAGAAAUUCUACGUCUCAGAUAUGAUAGUUAAUUUAGGAUGUGUAUAUAAGAAUCCUGGACUGAGAAGUAUACUAUUGUUUUAAAAAAUUAUUCUGUGGCAAAUUUAAACGACUGUAUUACAUUGGUUAAAUAGAAAUUUCUUGGAUAUACACUUUUAAAAGGUACAUUAGGUAUUGGAAAAUUUCAGUUUAUAUAUUACCUGUA